UUGUUAUCGCACAUCCUAAUCUCACCGUGUUCUGUGGAUCUGCCCCUCUUACAGUUCAGACGAGCUGCACUCGGGGCCGACCUGCACUCAUUACCAUUAUUUUCCCUUCGACUGGUCAGAGAUGGGCUGUCUGCUUCUCCACUCCGUGCUCUCCUUAUCUGCUUCGCUUUCCACCCAUGGUAAUUGAAAGUGGCUGUAGGCCAGUAAAAGUCCAGAGUGAGCGAGUGGGGGUGGUGGAGAGGGAGAAGGACAGAACCAGAGGAGGCAGAAGGGCAGAUUUUUAUUCAGAAACAUGUGCACUUCUCUGCAACUUCACGGUCUGUCAACAGAAGACUGUGAACUCUGCUGAUCACCGGCUUUUAAUGAGCGGGCUAAGAGGAAUUCACCCAAAGGCGUCGACACUCACUGUGUUUUUCCUGUCUCUGCACAGCUGGAACAUAGGAACUGCUGCACGAUGGGUUUCAAGGCGACAUCCAUACAAUGUGGCCUAAGAUACCUCUGCUUCAUUCUUCUCCAGGUGCUUAGUGCAGCGCAAGAUGAUGACAUAAGAAGUUGUAGGACGGCUCCAUGUGAUCUGGUCUUCAUCCUAGAUGGAUCAUGGAGUGUUGAAGAUGUCAACUUUGAACUAGUAAAGCGAUGGCUUGUCAACAUCACGACAAGCUUCAACAUUGGACAGAAGUUUACGCAGGUGGGAGUCGUCCAGUACAGCGACGACCCUGUUUUAGAAAUCCCUUUGGGGAAGUAUUUCUCUACCCAAGACCUCAUCAAAGCAAUGGAGUCCAUUGAGUACAUGGGGGGCAACACGAGGACAGGCACAGCCAUUCAAUUUGCCACAGAAAAGCUCUUUGGCCUUUCUGAGCGUGGCCCGCUUGGCAUUUCCAGAAUCGCUGUGGUCCUCACAGACGGGAAGUCCCAAGAUGAGGUCUUGAAAGCUGCAGAGGCAGCGAGAAAAAAAGGAGUCAUUCUGUUUGCAAUUGGUGUUGGUCCUAAGACAGAAGAUGCUGAAUUAAGGGACAUUGCAAACAAGCCAUUUUCAAGCUAUGUCUUCUCUGUGGAGGAUUACAAAGCAAUUUCCAGAAUAAUACAGGUCAUACGACAAAAGCUGUGUGAAGAGACUGUGUGUCCAGUAAGAAUCCCCAUAGAUUCCCGUGAGGAGAAAGGGUUCGAUUUACUGUUGCGUUUAAAUUUUGCCAAAAAAGUCAAGAAAACGCAAGGAUCAUUUUACAGAACCAAAGCCUACGAAGUGACGUCUCAUGUUGACUUGAGUGAUGCUACACGGAACCUUUUCCCUGAUGGCUUCCCUCCAUCCUAUGUAUUUGUGGCUACAAUGAGGUAUAAAGGGUCAGUGGUGAAGGAGGACUGGGAUCUCUGGAGGAUACAGACGCGUGACGGGAAGCCACAGAUGGCUGUCACUUUAAGUGGACUGGACCGCACUGUCGUGUUCACCACAACCAGCGAAGCACCAAGCGGAACCCAAACGGUGACAUUUUCAAAGCAAACUGCGAGGCUGUUUGAUGAAAAAUGGCACCAGCUGCGGCUGCUCAUCACCGAGGAGGACGUCACUCUUUAUGUAGACGACCUGGAGGUAGAAACCCUCCCCCUGGAGCCCCCCGUUGGCAUUUUCAUCAAUGGAAAAACUCAAAUUGGAAAAUACGUGCGAAAGGAAACAACAGUGCCAUUUGAAAUCCAGAAACUCCGCAUUUACUGUGAUCCUGAGCAGAAUAACCGAGAGACUGCCUGUGAAAUACCUGGCGUUUGCUCCAACAACCCCGAUUACGCUGAACCGACUCCAGAACCCUGUGUUUGUCCUCCGGGGCCUCCUGGACUUCCAGGAAUGAAGGGAGAGCAUGGAAACACUGGUAAACCCGGUCAGCCUGGACCUGUUGGUGCUGAUGGUAAGCCUGGUGUCCCCGGCAGUAGAGGGACUCCAGGCCUGCCAGGUUCACCAGGAGUACAAGGGCCGCGUGGGCCAGACGGGUACAAAGGGGAGCAAGGACGGCCCGGUGUUCCGGGUGAGAGGGGAAUGCACGGAUUACCAGGACCACCUGGACAACAGGGAGAGACGGGGUCGACAGGAUCGCCGGGACCUGCAGGGUUACCAGGCCAACACGGCCAGAAGGGAGAAAAAGGAAGCGCGGGACCCAGUGGACCACCGGGAUAUCGAGGAGCACCUGGUCCUCCUGGGAGAGAAGGAAAAGCUGGGUUGCAAGGGGGGCCUGGUCAAAAGGGAGCAGCUGGAGCCAGUGGUAGUCCUGGUACUGAUGGAAGGGACGGCCAUCCUGGUUUGCCUGGAUUGCCAGGAACUGUAGGCCUGGAUGGACAAAAGGGGGAAGUAGGGUUGCCCGGACCAAGAGGUUUGAAAGGAUCGAGUGGACCACCGGGUGAGGUUGGUUUACCUGGAGUACCUGGCUUAAAAGGACCAUCUGGGCCCAAGGGGAGUAAGGGCGACACCGGCAGUCCCGGUGUCCAGGGAACACCCGGGCCUACGGGAAGUGCGGGGGAACCAGGAACAGGAGGUGCGCCAGGGCACCCAGGCAUGCCAGGCCUGAAGGGCAGCAAGGGACAAAGAGGAGGUCCCGGUGAACAAGGAGAGAUGGGGUUAAAAGGUGAAAAAGGAGAGUAUGGCAAACCAGGAGUUCACGGGUCUCCUGGUCCAACAGGACUAAAAGGAGAGAAAGGGACAACAGGAGAUCCAGGGCAGAGAGGUCAAGAAGGUCAAGUGGGACGUCCUGGAGAGCCAGGUCGGUCAGGCCCACCCGGUCCGACCGGACAGCAGGGCAACACUGGUCCUCCAGGCCCACCGGGACCGGAAAGAACAUCUGAAAAUACAAUGUCAGACAAUCACAUUCGCCAGAUUUGCAGAGAGAUAAUUCAGUCUGAGUUGCCUUCACUGAUGUUCAGCAACCAACAAAGUAGCUGUCUUAGAUGUCAAAGCCGGCCUGGAUCUCCUGGUCCUCCAGGUCCAACUGGUCCUCAGGGACUCAGGGGUCUUCCUGGAUUCAUUGGUUUAAGGGGCCAGCCAGGCCACCCUGGGCGCCCGGGGACCCCUGGCAUUAAUGGGCUCAAAGGUGAACCAGGUGAACCAGGUGAUAAGGGCAGUCCUGGUCGAACCCUCAUUGGAGAUCAGGGACCACCUGGGCUUCCAGGUCCAAUGGGUCCCCCUGGGUACAGUAAACCAGGUCGCCCAGGUAAUCCUGGACCCCCGGGUCUAAACGGAGCAGAGGGCAAAAGUGGUAACCCUGGCAUCCCUGGCCAGCCUGGGGAGUGUGAUCUGACCAUGUGCUAUGGAAACAUGAUGAGGCGGGAUCCUUACAGCAAAGGCCCCAAUUAUUGAUAUAGCACAGCACCACAACAGGCGCCAGUCUGAAGCUGAUGUGGAACAAACAGCCAUUCUCAGGAAGACUCAGCUUUACAGUUUCUCUCUGUCGUGGAAACAGUACAGACCUCUUCUCAAACCUUUUAUGUGAUAACAGACAGUCAUCAGAACUAGAUCCUAUCACAUCUCUGCUGGUGUUUUGUAUAAUUGUUUAUAUUCCGAUAUUAGUGAACAUGCUUUUAGGUUUUGCUGGUGUUUAACAAUUGGGUCCAUAAAAUACUUUCCCUCUCAUCUGAGCUCAUCACAACAGGGAUGGGAGGCUUCAGUAUAAGAAAUGAGAGAGUGGAAGGGCAAGCAUCCCACCCUGGCAGAAACCGUUACUAUGACGAUGUGCAGGCUUCUCAGUGGAAGGACCAGUCAGAGCUGAUAGAAGAAUGUUUGCAGCCAAAUACAGCAAGACGGGACAGACUCUGGGACUCACACUUACUGUAGGUGUCCCACCAAGACAUCAGAUUCAUGGCACAAAAAACUGAAGACCUUCAUAGAAUCUGUUCUGAUCCAGUGGAGUUCAAAAGAAGAGAACUGAUCAACAACUGCCCAAAUCCUAUUUUGUUCCUGAGGCCUACAUAUCUUUCUUUACUGUAGCAGGUAUUUUAUUAUUUAUGAAAGAGUCAUAAGUAUUUCAGCAUUGACUUCAGCUUUUGAAAUGUUACUAUUUUGUGAUAAGGUGAAUUUUGUACGAAGCAUUCUUAUUUUUACUAAAAUAAAAAAUAAUAAAUUCA